UAUAUACAUGUAUAAAUUAAUAUAUAUUUAUUUUUAACGUAUUUAAAAAUAGAAAACAACUUGUUGAACCACAUAUCAAACACCCAAGAGCCAGAGAAUUAGUUGAAAAAUGGCGUAACGUAUGGCUGUUAGCUAUGGAACGACAACGCAGACUCCAAGACAAAUACAAUUACUUGAAGGAGUUAGAGAGAAUUAAAAACUUUGAUUUCAAUGAAUGGAGAAGAAGAUUCCUUGGAUGGAUGAAUAAUAAAAAAUCCAGGAUAAUGGAUCUUUUUAAGAAAAUAGAUAAAAACAAUGCUGGAAAAGUCACAAAAGAAGAAUUUAUUCAAGGCAUUUUGAAAUCAAGUAAAUAUUUUAAAUUGUAUAUUUAACAAUUGCAUAUGAUGAUAUACAUAAUGUAGAAUAUAUUAAUCUGAUACUAAACAUUGACAAAUUCUAAUGAAUUGAUUGAUAUCAUUCUAGUAAAUAACACCAACAAAACCUUUAAAAUAU